AGAGAACAAAGACAAGAGAGUAGAGAAUGACGUCGUCAAGGGAGCUACAAUACUUGGAGUACACAUACAGAAACAAUCGCCCAACGACGGGUCUCCUCAACUCCAUCUUCAUGACCACCGUCAACACGGCCGCUCGUUCUCUCGUCUCCGUCGCCACCACCGCCUCCACACCGGAGCUGGCUUCUAGGCGAUGGUCAGCUUCGGACCACCUCAGUUUCGCUUCGGGUCUUCUUACCGCGGCGGCUGAGAACGCUUUGGUAACGGCUUCAGCUCCCUCAUCGUCGUCAACGGCUUUGGUGAAGUAUUCAGGGUCGGCGGAUUUGGGUACAAUGGUUUGUGACGGCGUUGAUGUGCCUUCCGUUAACUCUCUCGGUAGAGCACUUUGUCACGCACUAGCGCUAAUGAACGAGAUUCCAGUAACCUCAAGAAAGUACCAAUUUGCCAUGGGAAUGGCUGAGAAGAUCAUGGAAGAGAACGCCCAGAGCUGCAACGUGGAACUACUUGACGUAAAUCGAGUGGCCCUCGCGUCUUCCUUUGCACGCACCACUGCGCGUUUACAUGACUCCUUGAAACGUUCUAGAACCGCAGAGGAACCUGUUGGUGGUCUGCCUCUGCGUCUGGUCAGUGCCCUUCCUCUAGGAGGCUAUGUUGCCUCUUACGUGAGUGGGGUGAGCACGUGCAUCAACACGGUGAGGUCCUUGGCGGAUAUGACUGGUAACUUGUUAUCGCAGAGUAGGAGGAGAGAGUCUGCGUUGGUGAGAGCUGGUGGUUUUCAGGAGAAUGAGGUUGAACUGGCGGUGGAGAAGCUGGCGGAGGAGCUGUUGUGGAUGACGGAGAAACUUAGGCGUUAUGGUGCGGUGGAAGAAGGUAUUAAACGGUGGAGCUACGCUUCUGGUUUAGCUUCCUUGUCUCUUACGGCUGCUCCUAGGGUGCAAGGCCUCUUGGUUAAGAUUUCAGCGCUCUUAAUUGGAGAGAUGGCACGAGACGGCACACAAGUUCCAGGACAAGUGAAGUUCAGGCUCCUUGCAAACUGGCUACCGUUGUUCAGUCACGCAAGGCUUGGGCUAGCGUUUCCAGUUCUGACGGGUUAUGAGAGGGUUGAGGUGGAACGAGCCAUAGACAAAGCGAUAUCUACAUUGCCUGCAUUAGACCAAGAGAUCUUACUCACAAACUGGCUCCAAGAUUUCUCAGUCUCCGCCACUGAGUGGCCCAAUCUCACCCCAGCGUACGACCGUUGGUGCAACUCCACUCGCCAGUUUUUCAUGUAGGCGACCAAUAUUAUAGUCGUUAAGUUCAUGUUCCAAAAAGGACAACAAACACAUGGAAGCGUCUCGUAAUACUUUUUGUGUCCAGAUAUUCAUCUUUAGGUAAUAAGACUAGUUUCAACCUAGUCAAAGAUUCAGACAUAAAACCAUCUCGAUGUAUUCCUCGAAUCUCAGAGGAACAUAGUUCUAAGCUUAAAUGUU